AUAAAAACAAUAAUAUAUAUGUCUGCUAUAGUUAAAUAUCGUAAAUAGUAAUAAUAAUAAUCUAAAAAAUGUGUUAAUUUUUCAAUAAAAAAGAAUAGAAAUAGGAUAAAAUUUAAUAAUGGCAUCGCAAGUUAGAAAUCACGCGGAACUGGGAAAGACUCUGUAUCGUUUUCGAGAACCAAAUAGAUGGCAAAAAGGAUUAGGAGUUUAUUUGCCAAAAGAGUAUAAGAAAUUCUUUAACGAAUGGAAAUUAAAGAAACCACAACCAAUUCAUUAUAUACCAAGAGAGGGACGAUAUUAUCGCGAUGAAAAGUCUGGAUUAAUACAACCUGUGCAGAAUGUUCCAAUUCCAUUGAAAUUCCCAAAGGAAUUUGACGAAUGUCUUUUAGGUGGCGAGGGCUUAAUACAGGGAUUUACGAAAAAAGCCAAUUACAAUAGAAGAGUUCCACGAUUUUGGUUUCCACGAUUAAUGUCCUCAGUUGUUUACAGUCAAGUCUUGGAUUUAUAUUUAAAAGUCAUUGUCACUCCAAGGGCUCUCGAAUUAAUUCACAGCAAUUACGGUUUGGAUCAUUAUAUUUUGAAGACAAGCGCUUGUGAUAUAAGAUCUUUGAUUGGAAUUAAACUGAAGAGAAAUAUUCUUUUGGCUCUUUCUAACAAAACUCUCUAUCCAGACGAUCCAGUGAAACGGGAAGAGAUUUAUGAAACGUAUAAAAAGUAUCUGGACAGUUACACGGAGAAGGAAAUUGAAUGGUACGGUUUGACAUACAAGGAGGCUAGUUUAAAAUUAAAAGCUGAAAUGGAAGCAAAUAAUGUAAUAGAGCCAUUGAAAAUUGGAUUUAGAAAAAAUGUAAUCGAUCAAUUGAAAGCUACAACAGAGGCAAACGAAGAAUUAGAGGAAGAAAAAAGUUUACUCACCAAAAUAAAGGAGUUGAAUCCAUUUAUUAAAGAUUAAGAUAAACACAUAGUCUACGAAAAUUUUGUAAUAAAUUGAAAAAUAAAAUUGUUAUUCAUUUUUUUAUUUAAGAAA